UUGUCAAAACAUAUCCUGUCAUUAAAUUUUAUCUUUUAUUCAAAAUUACAAUGGUUAUUAUCUAAACUAGUCUAAAAAUGUCCUAUUAUUUAACAUAAUGCAAAAUAAAUAUACCACGAAACCUGAUACUGCUAUAGAGAAAAACAAACAACUAUUACUUGAAUUGGAAAUGGAUGACGAGGUAAAACAAAUUAUAAAUUAUCCAGAAAAAUACGCCGAUACAUUUUUGGACGUUACUGUUAUAAAACCGGUUAAUAACAAGGAGUUCACUAGAGAAAAGAAAGUAAUGUCUGGUAAUCAAGUAAAGCAGUUCAUUACUUCCAUGAAUUUAAAUGAAGAUCUACUACCGUCUACUCAUGAAGAAAAAUGCUCAGGUGAUAGUCGUAGAACUUCAAAUCAAUCUCCACCAAACAGCAGAAAAGUCUACAAUUAUUGUAAUCCCUUAGGAGAUCACUUACAAAAGCCACCUUUCAAAGAGACUAGUUUAUCAGAAAUAGAAAAGGAUCAAAUUCAUCAGGUAUAUACUACACCCAAAAUAUAUCAGGAACUUCACUCAUAUUUUGACUGCAAACACCGAUCACAACCUGAUAGUCAGGAAAAAGAAGAUCCUCCUUGCGUUUGCCAGAAUUGUGCUAUUGUAGGCAUUGUAACCGAUUCUCAGAAAAAACCUUUUGCUACUGAACCAAUAAAAUACCCCGAAGAGUUACCGAGCAGAAAAAAUAAUGCGGAAUAUUCUAAAAGAAAACAUAGUAGAGACGGAGACCAUCAGCAGUGUCAGAAUUAUUUUAAACACCUGACUGACAAAAUUCGGACCUUAGAAGAAAGAAUAGCUGCGCAGGAACAAAAAGCAGUGCCGAAAGAUUACUUUAAGAGAAUUGUCACCAAAUUGGUGACACAUAUUAGUAAAGUAGCUGGUAAUGGUAGUCAACAAAUUAAAAUAGAAGCAAGUGUUCCUGCAACUGCUGCCAACAAAUCGAAACAGUGUUAUGUUAGCACAGUUAAUAAAUCUAGUGAUUUACCUAAUCCAAAAUUUAUUGUCAACCCUGUUUCUGUUCAAAAUGAAAACCUUUUAAAUGAUAAACUACCUCCUACAGACGUACUUUACAGUGACAGUUUACGGAAAUGGGGAGAAGAUCUUUUAAAACCAGGUAUUGACUUAAAAAAUAAGAUAAUAUCUGUUAUGGAAGUGACUUUAAAUAACUUAAAGAAAUCCAAAGAAAAGCCAAAAGAUGAAGAGUUAAAACAUUUUAUUAACGAUUUUUCGAAUAAUCUCUACAAAACCGUUAAUGAAGGAAAGAUACAUGGAAAAAAGCAACGGUUACAUUAUGACCAUACAGAUUUAACCGAACGAAAUAUAAGAGCAAAUAAUGCCAGUAAAAAUACAGAAAAGGUGGAUGAGCCUUUAAGCGUUACUUACAUCAAUUCACAGAUUCUAAAAUGGCAAGAGACCCAAACUACAUUUAAGUUUGAUUCGUCUGACAAAGAAUCUGUUAAAAGUAUGCUUGAAAUUAAGAAAACACCUGAUAUUCAUAAACUAGAAUUUUAUAAGACUAUAAAAAAUACCAAAGAAGAGGAUAAAGUAAGACUCUGGCGAAGUAUUUGGAAUCAAGCGAGUAGAAACGGCCAUCGUAAAACCAAUAAAGUAACUGUUCAAAUACCAGAUAAGAAGACCCCUAAAAGCCGUACAGUAGAAGUCGAAUAUACUUUAGGAGAGUUAGAGUACUUAUUAGUAGGAAAUAAAGUUGGAAGGAAAUAGUUCGAGAUGUAUGUGGUAUUUUGCAAACUUCGUCUGUCAUUCAAGAAAUAAAAGUCAAUUGAUACUU